UAAAAAGUACAUUUUUUUGGUUUGUGAAAGAAGCUAAAAGCCAAAAGAAGCCAUGGUUCAGUGUAGCAACAACCUCCUCGGAAUCCUCAAUUUCUUCACAUUCCUCCUCUCAAUCCCAAUCCUCUCAGCCGGGAUCUGGCUAGGCAAAAAUGCAGCAACAGAGUGCGAACGUUUCCUCGACAAACCAAUCGUCGUCCUCGGAGUUUUCCUCAUGUUCGUCUCCAUCGCUGGUCUCGUCGGCGCUUGUUGCCGUGUCUCUUGCCUCCUCUGGCUUUACCUUUUCGCUAUGUUCCUCUUGAUUCUCCUCGGUUUCUGCUUCACGAUCUUCGCCUUCGCCGUCACUAACCGUGGAGCCGGCGAGGUUAUAUCAGAUCGUGGUUAUAAAGAGUAUCGCGUCGGUGAUUACUCGAAUUGGCUUCAGAAACGUGUUACUAAUGCUAAGAAUUGGGAACGGAUCAGAAGCUGUUUGAUGUAUUCAGACGUUUGCGCUACUUACCGUACUCGUUAUUCUACCAUUAACGUUGAAGAGUUCUACAAGUCUCAUCUCAAUGCUCUUCAGUCUGGUUGCUGUAAGCCGUCGAACGACUGUAACUUCACUUAUGUGAAUCCGACUACAUGGACAAAGACACCUGGUCCAUACAAAAACGAGGACUGUAACGUCUGGGACAACAAACCGGCAACGUUAUGCUAUGACUGUCAAGCCUGCAAGGCGGGUUUGCUCGACAACAUCAAGACCUCGUGGAAAAAAGUGGCUCAGAUCAACAUUGUCUUCCUUAUAUUCCUCAUUAUUGUUUACUCCGUUGGUUGUUGUGCGUUCAGGAAUAACAGGAAACGUAGCUGGUAAUGAGAUCUUUUUAUGUGUUGAAAUAGUAGAGCUCCAAAACCGAGAUUGAGAACAAUGAAAGAUAUAUCUGAAGUGUUAUUCAUCUUACUGUCUAGUAAGUUACUGCAGCCUUAAAAGAAAGCUCGUUGACGGCUUGUUUUGUGUGUGUGUGUGUCUGUGUAAGAUUGCACUUGCUUUUCAAUGUAAUUUCUCUCUUGAAUUUGCAACAUAUGACUAAAUGAAUUACAAAAGCACCUUGCUUUGUGCUUCUAUUUUUCUAA